GUUGCCUGUUGCAGCUGUUGUUGGAGAUGUUCCCUUAGUUCGGUUGUCUUAGACCCUUCCCUUUUCUCUCUUUCUCUCCUUUGCUUCAGUGAAGUAACUUGCUUCAUCUGUCCUGUAUUCUUACAACGACACUUGAUUCACAAGCCAUGGAGAAAAGUGCUCAGAGUAUAUCAGGAAUCCCAGAUCCAAGGAAUACCCUAACAGCCCAAAUGAAUGGCAGUGAGGAAGAAGACACUGAUCCCAUGGAGAUCUUCAGCCAGCAGCUGGAGGACAUUAUCAAAACAUAUGGGUCUGCAGCCUCACUCAUGGAGCAGCAGAUCUCCAGUUUGGAGGCAGUUGAAGAUAAGGGUGACCAGCAACAGGAUCCGGAAGAAGUAUUUGGAUCUGCUCCAGGGAAUGAAACCGCCCGUCUCAUUCUAAGUCUGGAAAAGGUUAAGUCACCAGAAGACAAAGUGGAGAUCAUCCUGAAGAAGUAUGCUGAGCUGGUGGAGCGUCAGCAGCGAGAGCGGAGGCAGAAUAACAAUCUACAAAAAAAAAGUGAUCAGCUGUUGAUGCAGAAAGAUCAACUCCAAUUUGACCUCAGCCGUGCAAUCCUGGCUCGCACCAAACUAGAGGGCCUCUGCAGAGACCUCCAGGACUACAACAAAACACUGAAGGUUGAGAAUCUCCAAAGGUGUCAGGAGGAUGAGAAAAAAAGAAAGGAGAUCACCACUCACUUUCAAAGCACGCUGACUGACAUCCAGGCUCAGAUAGAAGUGCAUAGCAACCGUAACAACAAGUUGUGUCAAGAGAACUCAGAUCUGGCUGAAAAACUGAACAACAUCAUUCACCAAUAUGAGAAGAGGGAAGAAAGCUUAGAAAAGAUUUUCAAACACCAUGACAUGCAGCAGAAACUGGCUGAUGCCAAAAUUGAGCAGGCCAACAUGUUGCUGAGGGAAGCAGAGGCCAAGCACAAGCGGGAAAAAGAAUAUCUACUUAAAGAGGCAAUUGACAUAACAAAGAAAUGCUACGCAAUGAAGGAGCAGGAGUUGCAAAUGAAGAAACAGCUAGUUUUGUACUCCCAGAAGUUUGAUGAAUUCCAGGCCACACUAGGGAAAAGUAACGAUGUCUACGUCUCUUUCAAACAAGAAAUGGACAAGAUGACAAAGAAGAUGAAAAAGCUGGAAAAAGAAUCAGGCUUCUGGAAAACACGUUUUGAAAGCUGCAACAAGGCCCUCAUGGAGAUGAUUGAGCAGAGAUCUGAGAAAGCAAAGGAAUUUGAGCUUUUUACCAUCAAGGUGGACAAACUUGAGACUUUGUGCAGGGCUCUGCAGGAGGAGAGGAAGGGCCUGUAUGACAAGAUCAGAGGCCUUCGUUUUGACAUGUCUCAACCGGCCGUGCCAGAGGAACCUACUGUCAAAACCUCAGAAGAAAGCCUACAAAGCAAGGGUUUCGGUCUCACUGCCGAGUUGGAUAGGUUAAAUGCCGAGCAGGCCCGAUUGCAUGAAUUUGCUGCCUCUCUUGCUACCUCAAACCUAAAUGAACUAGAGGACUCAGAUGAUGAGGAAGAGUACAAAGAAUGUUCUAUUAAGAUGCCUUCUGUGCCAGUGGAGCCAUUAGGAGCUUCUCCAGUGAAAAAUGUAUCUGAAUCAGGUCCCUGCCACGAAGAGUUGAAGGAAGACACAAUUAAACCAGAUAGUGUUGAAACAGAGAUUGUGUACUCUACAGAACACAAGAUUAUUCCAGCGGUUCCAGAGGUUAAAACAGAGCCAAUUAAACCGCUGGCUCCAUCUGCAAACCCAUUGGAAGCCAAAACAGAGGAACAAGCCUCAGAACAGGUCAAGCAAAAGUAUACAGACACAGAGAAAGCCUGUGAGCAUCAUGCUAGACCAGAGGAGGGUUUGUCGAAGGCAGCUAUGCCAAAUGCAGUUUUACCAAGUGUGUUAAAGGUGGACGCAAACCAACAGGAAUUAAAAAGCCCACAGUCAGUGCAGGAAAACCCAAUACCUGUACCAACAAAGCCAGCGAUAGCUAAAAUGCCAGAGGCAACAGUAGGCACUGUUAACUUACAGGCUGGAAAACAAGAGCGUAAAAAAUCCAAAAUUCCCAAAGAAAAGCCUGUUGUAGAGGGGGCAGUCAUGGCAGAGGAAACAUCACCUAGUCAAGCACAGCCACAGAUUUCCAAGUUACCAUCUGCCAAGCCUCAAGGGAAAAAACAAGGCACCACCAAGAAAAAAAGUCAGCCCAAAAAUGUAAAGAAAUGAUGGAUCACAUGAAUGGAAGUUCUUAUAGUCUUUAUUCAAUCCAGAAGGAGUGGUUUGUCUGAUUGUUUGCGUGUGUGGUGUAGUAACUGUAAGUUUUCUUCUGGAAGUUGAAAAAGCUACACCAGCAUUUUCAUUUUUAUUGUAAUCUGUGGUGUUUGAGAAACCUUUGACAAUGCUGAUUAAACCCAUUUUGAACAUUUAUAUAAUAAAGUGUGCCAUCCUGUCUGGCAUUUAUACAUCUUCCUUUACAUCUGACAAAAAAUAA